CCAACUUUUAUACUUAUCCUGUUGUUUAUGAUCAACAGAGUUUGGUUUUUUAAUGGGAAGUUUGAACAUCAAAGAUUUUGACUCCGAUUUCAAAAUAGUGAAACCAUUUUACGUUCAAUUCGAUUCACGGGUCAAGAUGCUGGUUCAUUUUCGGAUCCGAAUCCGAACAGUGGCUGUAAACAAUCCGUUUUGUUCCAUUCUCAGCCCUCUGCGCAACCAAGACCCCCAAAUCUGUCAAACCCUAGAAAUGGGGACUCAGGCCGUUUCCAAGAGACCCAUGUGCCCAUCGUGUUCGAAACCGGCUAGUCUUUGCCUCUGCACUCGGCUCAAAACCCCAUGUCUCGAGAAUUCAGUGAGGGUUACAAUUCUCCAACACAGUCUAGAGAAAAAGCACCCGCUCAAUUCUGCAAGAAUCGCAACACUAGGGCUCAAGAAUCUCGAUUUGGUAUCGGUCUCGGACGUUCAUUUCGAAGCCCGGUUCCUCAUUCGCCUGCUCGAACCAGAAUGUGAAUUGGGUUCGGUUAGUUCGGAAAUUGAGAGAACAGAUGCUUGUGCAGUUCAGAAUCACAAGAGCUUUGAUCAAGCUGAUGGGUCCAAUUCAGAAUGCGAAACUAUGGUGAAUUCAGAACUUGGGCCAUUUUCGGACUCUGUAAGUGAGAAAAACACAAACUUUAUUGACAACAAUGGAGAAUGUAGUUUGAGGAGUGAUUUGGGUAGUGAGAGAAUCGGUCAAGGUCGCUGGGAUGGUACAGAUUUUGAGCAAAAUUCGGAUUGGCUGAUGAAUAAUCACACAACUCCAGAGGCAAAACAUGAAUUAGCUGUCAAGAAAAGUUUUGGUGAUAUGGUGGAGUGUAUGUUAUAUAGUGACCAAGUUGAAGUUGUUGCUCAUGAGAACAAGCCUUUGCAACCAUGUUUUGACCCAAUUGGAGCAGUCUCAAAAGACAUUGAUGAACCUGCAAUCACUUGUACCGUUGCCAAAUAUGGUGCCACCAGCUCUUUUACCCAUCGAUGGUUGCAGAUAUCCUCUCAGCAAAAACCUAAUUUUGAUCAGUUUUUGGCCUCUCCUGUAGCGCUUGAUGCUUUAGCAAAAGGGUUUGUUGUAACAAAGUUGCAGAGAAAGCAAUUGAAGGAGAGUAGUGACUGGGAAGAGUGUGAAGAGUUUGAAAUAACAGUUCUUCCUGGAUCAGUGCUUCUCUUCCCAAGUGAAAAAGCAUUUGGCAUUGAGGCUCUAGAUUUCGAGGUAAAGAACUUGAUUGUAUUGGAUGGAACAUGGGCGAAAGCGACGAGAAUGUACAAUGAGAACCCUUGGUUGAAGCUCUUGCCACAUUUGAAGUUGGAUGUAGAGAAAAUGAGCUUGUACAGUGAAGUGAGACAACAGCCUCGUGCCGGGUAUUUGUCCACCAUUGAGAGUACUGUAUAUGCACUGAAGGCUGUGGGGGACAAUCCUGAGGGCUUGGAUAAUCUCUUGGAUGUGUUUGAGUCCAUGGUUGGAGAUCAAAGGCGAUGCAAAGAUGAACGGUUGAGCAAAGUCUCUCAAGUGUGAGCCUUCUUCGCUAAUAACCUGAGUUCAUCAGCACCUUUAAUAGCAUAGAAGUAACUUUAACAGCAUGUUGUAACUUUAUAAAUAUAUGUUAUAACUGAUGCUAUAAACUUUGGAUUUUUAUUAUGAUCUA